UGUUCAGUUGAAAUUCGACGAUUGCAAUGAAACUUUCUGCAACCUCCUUAAAGAAUACUUCAUUUAAUAAUGUUAAUAAUACUACUGCUGACAAAGACGUAAAAUGGGCAGUAGGACUGAACCGCGCAGUUUUGAAAAUUCUUGGUGUAUGGUAUUACGAUAAUCAAUCACAAUGGCAAACAAUAACAUCUAAUUUUCAGACAUUUAUUUUUGUUACUGGAAUAUUUAGUUUUGUAACUUUUCCUCAAACAUUGGCUCUGAUAAAAGUAUGGGGUGACUUAACAUUAAUCGUUGACAAUCUCAUUGUUAAUUUACCCAUCACAACAUGUGAAUUAAAAAUAUUUAUCUUAUGGUGGCACAAAAAAGUUUUAGUUGGACUUUUUGACGAGAUUGAAAAAGAUUGGCAUAGAGUUACAGACAAGUCAGAAAAGGACAUAAUGUUUAAAUACGCAACAAUUUCUAGGAUAAUGACUAUUUGUGGAUUAUGUGGCGCUUUUUUUAGUCUCAUAUUAUACCAAGGCCCACUAACAUUUGGAAUUGUUUUACGUACAGUUACUAAUUUGACAGAUGAUCCUGAAAACCUAUUUUCUCUUCAAGCAAUGUAUCUUUACGACACUUCGACAGUAUACAGUUAUCAAUUAACAAGAAUUAGUCAAAUUAUUGGAUGUGGACUUUCGGCAGUUGCUUAUACAAGCUCAGAUGUAUUAUUUGGCAUGAUUAUUCUUCAUGUAUGUGGUCAAUUGGAAAUACUUGCUAGUAGAGUUCAAGCAGUUGCUGAUAGACCUCAAUAUUUUUCAAAACUUCUGCGAAAACAUAUCAAGAACCACGUACGACUGAUUCGAUUUACGCACGACAUUGAAAAAGUGUUUAGCUUGAUGUUACUCGCAUUGUUUGGUUCUGUUGCUAUUACCUUUUGUAUCCAAGGAUUUCAAUUUAUCAAUGUAUUUACAGAUAGUUCAAUUGACUUGCCGAUAACACAAAUGAUUUUUUAUAUUCAGUUUUUAAGUUAUUGUUUGUUUUUAACAUUCGUUUAUUCAUGGGUUGGAGAAAACCUUGUAACACAGAGCCAAGCAGUUCAUACCGCUAGUUGCAAUUGUAACUGGAUAUCAUGUGAUUCUCAUGAAGCAAAACAAAUUAUACUUAUGACUUUUCGCUCUCAACAUCCACUUCAGAUUACGGCUGGAAAUCUAGUUCCUUUAACUAUGAAUACCUUCGUUCAAUUGCUGAAAACAUCGGGUGGUUAUAUAUCUUUUUUACUCGCUGUGAAAGAAUAAUUUUUAUUCCAUUUAUAUAGAUCAAUAAUUAAAAGUGUG